GACGGCUGCUUUCCGGUGGUGGGAAAGUGAGCCGGAGUCGGAGCCGGAGCGUGAGUGGAAGUGGCGCGUCCGGGGCAGGUGGGCUCCCUGCGGCCGAGCGGAGGCAAGCGGCUGCGCAGGGAGGGUCUGGCUCGCAGUCCCCGCGGAGCAGCAGCCUCAAGAGCGGGCCGCCGCAGAGAGGGAAUGGUGCGGGGGUCGCCGAGAAGGAGGCGCAGUCCGUCCCUGUCAGGGUUAGUGAAUGAGGCUCUCCGCCCGGGCCGGCCCGGGGACUGCGCCCUGCGGGUCCCAGCAUGAGUGCGGGCCCCGGCUGUGAGCCCUGCACCAAGCGGCCCCGCUGGGGUGCCGCUGGAACUUCUGCGCCGGCUGCCUCGGACUCUCGGAGCUUCCCCGGCAGGCAGAGGCGCGUUCUCGACCCCAAGGACGCUCCCGUACAGUUCAGGGUCCCAUCGUCCUCGCCAGCCUGCGUCCCGGGGCGGGCGGGACCGCACAGAGGCAGCGCCACCUCGUUUGUUUUCAAACAAAAGUCUAUUACCACCUGGAUGGACUCUAAAGGAACCAAGAAAGCUGAAUCAGAAAGUAAAGAAAACAACAACAUAAGGAUAGAUGCCACAAUGAGUUCUGUGCACAAAGAUAACUUUUUCCAACAUAAGGUGGAAAAAUUAGAAAAUGUUUCUCAGCUAAAUCUUGAUAAAUCACCCACUGAAAGGAGCACACAGUAUUUGAACCAACAGCAGACUGCAAGUACACGCAAGUGUCAAAAUGAAGGGAAGCAUGUAGAACAGCUUUUGGCAAGUGAGCCUCCAACAAUGACUCAGGUACCAAAGCUGCUUAGUAAUGCUAACAUUGAUCAGUCAACCAAAACUGAUGACCACAGUGACACAGAUAAUGAAGAAGAUAGAGACAAUCAACAUUUUCUUACACCUACAAAGGUUGCAAACACAAAGCAAACAGUGAGAGAUGAGCAGUCCAGAAGCUACUGUAAGUGUAGCAGGUCUUGCCAUGCCAUGAAAGACUGUACAGGUUGUCAACAGGAGGAGGCGGAUGUGGUACCAGAGAGUCCUUUAUCAGAUGUUGGUGCCGAGGACAUUGGAAUUGGACCAAAAAAUGACAACAAAUUGACUAGACAAGAAAGUAGCCUAGGUGAUUCGCCUCCAUUUGAGAAAGAAAGUGAACCGGAGUCACCAAUGGAUGUAGACAAUUCGAAAAACAGUUGUCAAGAUUCAGAAGCAGAUGAAGAAACAAGUCCAGGCUUUGAUGAACAAGAAGAUACUUCCUCCCAAACAGCAAAUAAACUUCCAAGUUGCCAAGCAAGAGAAGCUGACAGCGAUCUUAGAAAACGGUAUUUGACAAAGGGAAGUGAAAUUAGAUUGCAUUUCCAAUUUGAAGGAGAGAGCAAUGCUGGGACCAGUGAUUUAAACACCAAGCCACCUGGAAACACUGCUAGCUUUAAUGUAGAAUGUAGAAGUUCCAAGCAGCAUGGAAAAAAGGAUUCUAAAAUCACAGAUCAUUUCAUGAGAAUUCCCAGGUCAGAGGACAGAAGAAAAGAACAAUGUGAAGUCAGACAUCAAAGAACAGAAAGGAAGAUUCCUAAAUACGUUCCGCCUAACCUUCCUCUAGAUAAGAAGUGGCUGGGAACGCCUAUUGAGGAAAUGAGGAAAAUGCCUUGGUGUGGGACCCAUUUGCCUCUCUUAAGACCAUCUGCAAAUCACACAGUAACUAUUCGGGUAGACCUUCUGCGAGGAGGAGAUGUUCCAAAACCUUUUCCAACACAUUAUAAAGAUUUGUGGGAUAACAAGCAUGUUAAAAUGCCUUGUUCUGAACAAAACUUGUACCCUGUGGAAGAUGAGAAUGGUGAGCGAACUGCAGGGAGUAGGUGGGAGCUCAUUCAGACUGCACUUCUCAACAAAUUCACACGACCCCAGAACCUGAAGGAUGCUAUUCUGAAAUACAAUGUGGCAUAUUCUAAGAAAUGGGACUUUACAGCUUUGGUUGAUUUCUGGGAUAAGGUUCUUGAAGAAGCAGAGGCUCAACAUUUGUAUCAGUCCAUUUUACCUGACAUGGUGAAAAUUGCACUCUGUCUGCCAAAUAUUUGCACCCAGCCACUACCACUUCUGAAACAGAAGAUGAAUCAUUCUAUUACAAUGUCGCAGGAACAGAUCGCCAGUCUUUUAGCUAACGCUUUCUUCUGUACGUUCCCCCGACGGAAUGCCAAGAUGAAAUCAGAGUAUUCUACUUACCCAGACAUUAACUUCAAUCGGUUGUUUGAAGGACGCUCAUCACGAAAACCAGAGAAGCUGAAAACGCUCUUCUGCUACUUUCGAAGAGUCACAGAGAAAAAACCUACUGGAUUGGUGACAUUUACAAGACAGAGUCUGGAGGAUUUUCCAGAAUGGGAAAGAUGUGAAAAACCUCUGACACGAUUACAUGUCACUUACGAGGGUACCAUAGAAGGCAAUGGCCGAGGCAUGCUACAGGUGGAUUUUGCAAAUCGUUUUGUUGGAGGUGGUGUGACUGGUGCAGGACUUGUACAGGAAGAAAUCCGCUUUUUAAUCAAUCCUGAGUUGAUUGUUUCACGGCUCUUCACAGAGGUGCUGGAUCACAAUGAGUGUCUUAUUAUCACAGGUACUGAACAGUACAGUGAAUACACUGGCUAUGCUGAAACUUAUCGUUGGGCCCGGAGCCACGAAGACAGGAGUGAAAAAGAUGAUUGGCAGCGACGCUGUACAGAGAUUGUUGCCAUUGAUGCACUUCACUUCAGACGCUACCUCGAUCAGUUUGUGCCUGAGAAAAUGAGACGUGAGCUUAACAAGGCUUACUGUGGGUUUCUUCGUCCUGGAGUUCCUUCUGAGAAUCUUUCUGCAGUGGCCACAGGAAACUGGGGCUGUGGUGCCUUUGGAGGUGAUGCUAGAUUAAAAGCCUUAAUACAGAUACUGGCAGCUGCUGCAGCUGAACGCGAUGUGGUUUAUUUCACCUUUGGGGACUCAGAAUUGAUGAGAGACAUUUACAGCAUGCACACUUUCCUUACUGAGAGGAAACUGAAUGUUGGAAAAGUAUUUAAGUUGUUGCUACGAUACUACAAUGAAGAAUGCAGAAACUGUUCCACCCCUGGCCCAGACAUCAAGCUUUAUCCAUUCAUAUACCAUGCUGUGGAGUCAAGUGCACAGACCAACGACCAGCCAGGACAAAAGACAGGGACCUGAGGAACCAAGUGACUAGGACUUCCUCUCACCUCUGAGAGACAUCCUCCUUGAACUGUGGGGUGUGACCUAUGAACUCACUUAAUCAGAUAUAAAUGUGUAUAUAAUCCACAUUUGUAAUCAAGAUGCAGUCUCUUCUAUAUAUGCAGCUGUCAUUUGUACAUCUGAGCUCCUUUCAUCCUGAUUGACAUGGGCAUGAUUUCUUCCACUUUUCUUCUCCUUCAGUCUUUAUUCUUUGAUUUUUUUUUUUUUUUUUUUUUUCCUCUUCUUUAUUUUGCCAGUCAGAUUUCUUGGGAAACCCCAUGAAAGGUUACACUCAGCUUUUAGGUCUCUUUCUUCCUGUCAGUGACUCAUCCAGAUGCCAAUGAGCCUGGAGGAAGGCAACAUCCAGAACUCUGAAGUGGGGUUUUGCUACAGAUGUCCCGUGAGCCUGUCACUCCCAGCCCUUGUUAGGCUUGCCUUCUCUACACUUUGAAUUUUGAAAAUUUAAAAGUUGAAGUUUUUCUUAUGUUACUUAAUGCCAGUGUCUUAGACUAAAACUAUUUUCUAUUUAAGACAAAUUGAUUUUCAGUUACUCUUUGAAACAUCAUUUCUAUAAGCAACGGUUUUUUUUUCAUCCUUUUCUCCAGAUCCAUUUCUGUUGGCAUUAUUUUAGAAAAUGUAGAAUAAAAGGAUUUUCUUUAUAUGGUAUAAAGAAACCAGGUUUAAGAGAGUUGGGGUUUUUGUUUGUUUCUUGAGACUUGUUUUCCUUUUGCAGUUAGGAUCAAUGUUUGUUCUGUGAUGUUUAAGGCAUAUUCAUGUCACCAAAGAUUGGGGACUGGAAACUUCACACUGAUUUGUACAUACUGAAGUUUCUCUGGCAACAAAUCUUAGAGCUAAUAAAUUUUCUUUAAUAAAUCAUUUGUCAGAAA